UAUGACGCUGCGCCCCUGACAAGCAUGUUUUUAGCUAGUUAGCUAAAGCGCUACAUCUCUAAACGCGUAUAAUCUGCGGCUCGCUUUAUAAACGUGCACAAAGGCCCAUAUUCAGGAAUAAAGGAGAAGACAAAGGCGAGCAGUCAUGCAGAUCACACUAAAGACUUUGCAACAGCAGACCAUUCAAAUAGACAUCGACGAUGAUCAGACGGUGAUGGCACUGAAGGAGAAGAUUGAGGCUGAAAAGGGCAGUGACAGUUUUCCAGUGGCAGGACAGAAGCUCAUCUACGCCGGAAAAAUCCUGCAGGACGACACGCCUAUCAAGGACUACAAAAUUGACGAGAAGAAUUUUGUGGUGGUGAUGGUGUCGAAGACAAAGUCGCCACCCGCGCCACCCGUCCCACCCCCAGAGCUGCCCAAAUCUGCUGCACCUUCCUCUUCAUCUCCUCCUCCUGUUCCGGCCCCUGCAGCCAUCUGCAUUCCUAAAGACGAGUGCCCAGAUGACCCUCCGAUAUCUGUCUCACCUGUGCAGAGCCCUGACGGUGGUAGGGGCCUCGUGGCUGAUGGGGAAGAUGCAUCUUCAACAUUAGUGACGGGUCAGGAGUAUGAUGCCAUGCUGACUAAUAUCAUGUCUAUGGGCUAUGAACGAGAUAAAGUGGUGGCUGCACUCAAGGCCAGUUAUAAUAACCCUCAUCGUGCUGUGGAGUACCUGCUCAAUGGGAUCCCUUCAGUCCCUGUUCAGGAAACCAGCCCUGCCCCAGUCCAACUGCCCACUGACACACCCUCCACAGAAGGUGAGAACCCUCUGGAGUUCCUGCGUUCACAGCCGCAGUUUCAGAGCAUGAGGCAGGUGAUCCAGCAGAACCCGUCCUUACUGCCAGCCCUCCUACAGCAGCUGGGUCAGGAGAACCCAGAACUACUGCAGCAAAUCAGCCAGCAUCAGGAGCUGUUCAUCCAGAUGUUAAAUGCACCGGUUGGCGAGGGGGAGGGCGGAGAUGGCGGGGAGUUCGCUGACCUGGGUGCUAUUGGUGACGAGGGAGCACCCGGCAGUUACAUCCAAGUGACACCACAGGAAAAAGAAGCCAUCGAGAGGUUAAAAGCUCUUGGGUUUUCCGAAGCCCUGGUGGUCCAGGCGUACUUUGCCUGCGAGAAGAACGAGAAUCUGGCAGCCAACUUCCUGCUCAAUCAGAAUUUCGAGGACGAAUGAGAGUUGUGGAGUGCCCGCGUGCCCCUUCCCCCUCCACUACACAAGCACUGCAUCUACUCGGGACCCCAUUAUUUCUUUGAGUUUAUAAGUCAAGGGGAGACUCGCAGACUGGGUGGGGAUGGGGCGGAUGCAUUUCAAUGAUGAAAAAAUUCCAAUGGAAUUGUUGGCAUUUGGAUUGAAUGCACUCUAGCAUGUUGAAGGGGUGUGCUUGCACGUGAAUGUGUGUGUGUGUUUGUUCCCUUAGGGAAUAUUUGACUAAAUCGGCAAUAGUUGAAAGUAAACGCUCUCCUAGUAGUAUUAUGGGAUAUGAUAAGCAAGGUUAGAUGUGCGGAUAAGCAUCGCUUGUUUGUUUUUAUUUUGGAGAAGGAUUAAUAAUAUAUGUCUAAAGGAGAAUUUUAUAUAAUUCUCUAAUAUCAGAGAUAUUUCUGUAUUUCUCAAAGGACACCCUCCAGAUGAAUGUGAUAACAGCAUUAAAACAUGACAUAAGAUGUAGUCCAAAUAAUAUCAGUUUUAAACUCCGUCUCUAACAGUGUUUAUGUAAAUGAAUGUACUGCGAUGGAGGAUGUCAUGUCAAAUCUGGAAGCAAAGAAUCUGACCAAGCUGAUAAACGAUUUGUUUGACUACCCGA